AUGUCUCAAAGAGCACUAAAGACUGUCCAUAUCCUUAUCAUAUUCAACAUUUGUGUCGUUGUUAGCAAGGUCAAAGUUCUACAGAUAAAGUCUACAGGUUCUAAGACUAUAGACAAUAUGGAGUAUAAAUCUGAGACCUCACCCUGGCUGUGGUUCCUGCUGCUGAUUACAUUGGUCCAGACUUCCCUGUUCGCUGUGGUCACUCUCUACCAGUAUGACAACACUGUGAUCCUCCAGGAAGAAGACAUAGAUCUGGACAUUAAAAUCAAGCACUUGCAGGCUUUGCUGGAUUCAGACAACAAGAAACUGCAUAAGCAGAAGAGGGCAGGAAACUUCAUAGCGGACAUUCUCACUGCCCAGGAGGCUGUUAUAGCCCAACACUGCAUCGAAAAGAAUAAAACCUGCAUUAAAGGGGACGCAGGUGAUCCAGGAUUACCAGGUAACAUAGGAGACAAGGGGGAGAAAGGAAUUCCUGGUGAUGCUGGAUUUCCGGGCAAAAUUGGUGAUAAAGGCGAGUCAGGGGUCCGUGGGGGUCAGGGAGAACAAGGUAUAAAGGGAGCUAUUGGUCCAAAAGGAUUCAAAGGAAUUCAAGGCGACAUUGGUCCAAGGGGUGCAAAAGGUGAUCUAGGACCAAGAGGUUCCAAAGGGGAUUCUGGGGUUAAAGGGGAAAAGGGCGAAACAGGAGAAAAGGGAAUUCCUGGUCCAAAAGGAACCGAAGGCUCGUCAGGAGAGAAGGGAGAUCUUGGAGACAAGGGUGGGCGGGGUUUGAAAGGAAAUAAAGGAGAACAAGGUCCCCAGGGACCGACAGGACCCGAUAAUGUUAAAGAUGGGUGUGCUUGCCUUGAAUACCCCAAGUUUGAAGACCCUACUCCUUCAACCACUUUCUACCUGAGUGUAGGGGAGUCUCGGAACCUGCCCUGCAAUGCAACAGGGAGCCCUGCUCCAACUGUAACACUCAACAAACAGAUAAUAGUGCGCCGAGGCGUCGGAUCACGUGACAAACGUAAUCUUUUGAAACUGAAUGGAAAAUACACCAUCAUGAAUGCAGCGACGUCAGACUUUGGAACUUACGUCUGUACGGCGAAAAACUCACUCGGAACCAUUACAAAAUUGAUUGAUGUCAAACGAGGAGUUUUGCCAAACAUAGCAAAACAGCCUAGGAGUUCUACGAACAACGCAGGUACAUCUGCUGAUUUCAGAUGUGUGAACUCUGGUAUUCCAACACCAACAGUCACGUGGUACAAAGAUGGAAAACUAUUGGUUCCCGACCCACGUUAUCAGAUCUCGAGCAAUGGAGAGGUUUUAACAAUUAUAAACGUACGGGCGUCUGAUGCUGGUAGAAUUGAGUGUCGUGUGGCUAACGAAGUGGGGACUGCAACAUCCCGAGAAGCUGUAUUAACUGUUGUUUGAAAAUGACACUGAUUU